GCUGUAAAGUCAAGGUCGUUGAAGUCAACCCUUUGAUUUGGAAGUGAUUUGUCAUUCCACCAGUUAUUUUGUGCUCGUUAAAUGUAAUGAAGCAAGCCCAUAUUUCCAUCACAAAGAGAACCCAAGUAAAUUCACAAAAGUGAGAAAAGUACUCAAGGAGUUUUCACGAAGCGAGCCGUUUACUUUAAAAUCUGGAAGGUUCUUCGAUUAUGACCAUCAGUUACACAUUAAAUUUGGAGUGUCCAUAUAAUUAUUUUACAUUUAUUGCAGUGUUCCAUUAUUAAACUAAAUACAAACUCAAAGAAUUUCAUUAUUAGAUCAGUCGUAACAUAGUUCAUUUUUCAAGCAACAACGAGAUUACGAAGCCUACCAGAGUCAGGAUAUACAUGUAUCCAGUGUAUUGGUAUUCAUAUUCCGUUACUCAGAUCUAAGCUGUACAUAUGUAACUCCACAUAAUGUCAGUCAUCAUAGUUGGAGGUGGUAUCAUGGGUGUUUCUGCUGCUUAUUAUCUAUCAAAACGGAAGAUCGACACACUAAUAAUUGAAAAAGAACAACUUGGAUCUGCAGCAUCUGGGCGAGCUGGGGGAUUUCUCGCUAAGGACUGGUGUUCUCACAACGAAAUGGAUGUUUUAGCCCAAAACGGUUUUGAUUUACACAUGGAAUUAGCAGAUGAGUUCGGUAGUGCAUGUGAUUAUAGACGUGUUAACACGUACUCUAUAUCAUUAUCUCCUGGGAAAUCUUCCGGUUCUUCAAAUUCACCAUCUUGGGUCAGUGCGAAAGUAAAAAAUUGCUCACUGAUAGGCGACUCUACAACUACUGCACAGGUACAUCCCAAAAAACUCACAGAUGAAUUAUUUCGGCGUGCUCAAUAUUUAACAAAUCAGGGAACGAAGUUGAAACUUGCCCGUGUUAUAGGACUAGAAUUUUCAACGUCGAAUACAUCAGCUCCCCAAGUUAAUGGUGUUCGAAUAAUAGAAUCAUCUACUUCAAAUUCUGAAGUUAUCCCUGCCAGUUUAGUUAUACUUACUACAGGACCGUGGUCAAAGGAAGCUGUUAGUUGGUUGCCAUCAGGAUGUUUAAAUCCUAAUAAAUUUCAUGGAAGGCGAGCUCAUAGUAUCAUAUUGAAAUCAAAAAUAGAGAAGUCUCCAAUAGAUGAUAAAUGUUUGUUCAUGGAUUAUCAAAAUUCUGAGUUCUCUUGUUCACCUGAAGUUUAUCCAAGACCUGAUAAUACAGUCUAUGUAUGUGGUCUUGGUGAUGGAGCACCUGUACCUUCUUCAAAGGACCAAGUUGAAAUUGAAUCUUGGCGUUGUAAUCGUUUAAAAGAAAUAGUUACUAGUGUAGUCCCAUCAUUAAAAGAUGCUGAGAUGAUAACAGAAUCUGCUUGUUAUUUACCGCUAGUGAGUGAUGGCUAUCCUGUUAUUGGUCAAAUUCCUGGUUUAUCCAAUGUUUAUAUUGCCACGGGUAAUUCUUGUUGGGGAAUUCUUACUGGACCUAUAUCUGGACGCCUUUUAACAGCUAUCAUUCUAAAAAAUAAUCCUAAUUUAGAACAGAGCACAAAUUCAAACGUCACUGAUCAAAUGGAGCUGGAUGAAAAAAAGGCCCAAGAUGAUUUAUUGCAACGACCCGGUAUUGAGUUGUUUAAUCCAGCAAGACUGAUAAAAUAAAUAUCUUGAUUUUUUGUAUUUUUAAGAACAGGAUCUGUUUUUGGUUUUUUCGUCUUACUUUUUUCAUCUCUAGUGGAGUUUUACAUUAAUCUGAUUGGUGUUUACGUCUGAUUCAACCAAUACUACUCACUUGUCAUGACUAAAACUUCUUUUAUUGAACCAGAUUGUUAUGACCAAAAAAUACACAUGUCUAAGUAUUCUUUCCUAAAACACUUUACCAUUGGUGAUCUUCCCAUAUUUCAGCAUUAAUAUCAUUAUUAUGCUUAUUUGUUUG